AUGGAAAAAAAUGUUUAUCAAAUUACCAAAGAAAAUCACAAGCCCAACUCUCGUUUGUGGGACUGUGAAAGCUCUCUCUAUGAUUCCUUUGAGCUCAAUUCCUUCAGACGACAUCUUGACUCCGCCAUAGCAUCACGAACUUUCUCCAUGCCUCAUUUAUCCACCUCCUCCGACGACGACCACCACCAAGCUUCACUCCCGACCCCACCACCGCCCCGCCCUUGUGUCCCAAUGACGACGCCUAUGUCCAAGGCUUCUUCCAAGUUCUCUCGGUCCUUCUCCAAGAUUCUCCGCUCUCUUUUCCGACCUAAACCUAAUUCCAAUACCCCGAUUUUUCGUGCUCAAGAUCAACCUAGAGAUGGAUUUUAUGUUUUUUAUGAAGUUGGGUCUCUCUCAACCAUUCCCGAAGUCCCUGAGGCCGACCUUGGAGCCGGUCUUUCGCCGGAGAUUAGCUCUUUGGUGAAGAAGACAGCUUCUGGGAGGUUCACGCCCAACUCCAUUGGCAUCUCAUGUGUUCUUUGA